CAACGCCACAGAUAUCAGGCGAUUCAGCUGUUUGUUGCCUGAGUUUGAUCAAUGGAUGAAAAGAAAUGGGAAAAUCUUCCCGAUCACAUAAUAGUGGGGAUCUUGUCUUUUCUGGGACUUUCUGACAGGUUAACAGCUUCGCUCGCGUGUAAACAGUGGCGUGAAUGUUUCGGUUCUCCGGUGUUAUGGCAUACAUUCCAUUUCAAAUUCGUCGAUUCAAAAGAGUUCAAGUACGCACAAUGCCUGGAGAACCACGGUCAUUAUCUAAGAACCGUAGAGAUUCAUUGUAAUCAAGAAGAUAAAAUCAACAGAGAAAGUGCUUGCACGCUUAUCCUUAUGUUAAGCGGUAUAAAAGAGCGAAGGCUUGAAAGGUUUACUGUCAAGUUUCUCGGAGAGAAUCCUUUGUUCUACGCAGGACAGGAAUUUAUCGAGUGUUUACGAGUUCUGUUCGACAAACCCAACGAGGAUGUUGAAGUGCUCUCGACGUUGAAGUUAGUGGAUCUAAGCAAACUUCCGAUCGCCUAUGGCGACAAUUUAAUUAACUGCUUGGUGGAAAAUAAUCGCGACUUAGAGUCACUGAAUAUUCAAAACGCGGCCCUUGUUUGCAAAGUCACUUCCGGUUGCAUAGAAAAUGUGCUUGACAUGUGCCGGAAGAUGAAGUCCCUCGCGCUUCAUCAUACUAGCGUGACAGAGGAGAUAUUGUUGUCUCUCGCUGAAGAGAACCGGACUCCCCUCAAUCACCUCUCUAUCGACUGUAGACGAGAGGAAAAAUUUGGAAAAGACAUAACAUCGGAAACGUGGGAAGUCGUUAGGAGGAAGAUUCCUAACUUGCGUGUCACGCUAGCUUUCGACACUUCCUGUCCGAUGUACAAGGUUGAUAUGAUUUUGAAGCCCGAAGUUCCGGUGAAAAACCUUCGCCUGGAAGUCAUGUCCCAAGUCAUUGACCAAGUUUAUUUUGCUGCCAUGAACUACAGUGAAACUUUGGAAAUGUUGUCGAUUAGUACGACAAGUAGCGAGGAACUCGAAAAGGCGUUGUUGUAUCUUGUCACGAGGUGUGAUAGACUAAGAGAGCUAUUUGUGUUCCAGUGUUACAUUUCGCACGACACGAAACAAAAGAUUCUGGAACUUCGUCCUCAAUUGCAAAAAUGCUAUAUCAAGACUAAGCAGCUGCCAACGAAUUGAACGGAAGAGUGAGUUCCGACCGAACUGGAGUUAGUGCUCUUUUCCUUAACGAAUGCUCGAAAUCAUGAUAUUUUCUGAGUCUGAAUAUUAUCGAACUUUUCCAUUGGUUAUCAGUCCGGAUUUGACCCUUUCACCGCCAAGAUCUCGUUAUAAGUUCUUUCUAUUCUCUAAUGUAUAUUUUGUAUAACCCUAGGCGCAAAGAAUUGGAAUUCAAUUUAAACAAUGUUCACAUGAUGAUGUUUUCCGGCAUGGUCUGGGAAGGCAAAAGGGUCCCAGAAUCCAGCAGUACACGCCCAGUCAUUAAGAGGAUGUGUCGCCCACUUCGACCCAGGGGGAAAAAAUUGGUUUGGAAUAAGGCUCAUUGUACAGAAUCUCUUUUCAGUACUAAGGUAAUGGUGAAAUAUUAGUAUUUCUCCCGUUUCUGAGCUCUGUUUAUCAUGGUGCUUUUUACCAUGGUGCUUUGCUGAGUGACCAUCCAAGAUAAGAGUGCCAAUAUAAGGAUCUUGUUUCCAUGUUUGGCAUGGAAAAAAUUUCUCUUAGAAGGAAAACGUUUUUUCUUGGUGUGCCAUGGGUCAAAAUGUGUAGCCUGUCUGUAGAAUCACUCCAAAUUUAAUUAAAAGGCUAAAUUUGAGGUCCAAACAAUAGCUUCUUACUUAGUCCUCAGUUUCAUGUUGAAAAUUAAAACCGCUUUGUUUUUUGUCAAUGUUGAGCUUAAAAUAAUCUCACUUGUUAAAUGCAUUCAUUCAUGAGGUACACCCAAGGCUGAAAGGUAAAGUUUCUAUCACCUCAUGACCCUGUAUUAUCUUCUUUACCCUGUCAUCAUCAGUUUAAAAAAAACAGCUUCAUUUCUUUUUCAUUUUGCUUACCAUUGUCAAAGGCCUCCUGCAAUUUCUAGUGAAUAUUUCCCUCUGAUAAUUUGUACUCAGCCACAUAAUGGGGUUGACUUUGAGUGGACACAUUUUUCCCCAAAAUAACAAAGUGCAGGCAACUCACUAACAAUAAAACUCAUUUAGAACAAUUUUAUUGACACAGUUUCACUCUCAUCACUAUCAUUUUCUUAUCACACAUGGAAAAACAAAAGGUAGAGUUGUUGAGACAUAUCAAGUUUUAAGACUAUCUACAGCUGGAUGAAUUGCCACCAUUUUAAAUCAAAGAGAUGUCAACUGGAAAUGAGCCAUAUGUCAUAUAUUAACACUAUUGCAGUGAAUUAGAAUAAACUUAUCUGAAAUGUGGUAUUUUGCCAACCAUCAUCAUAAAUAACCAAUCUUAGAGACACUCAAUGUAUUUUAUUUACAA